GGAGGCCAGGGCGGGCCGUGUGGCGAGGGCUGUGGAGGGGAGGGACCCGGAGGGCGGCGGACGGAGCUCAGCUGGGAUCUUCACUUCUGGGCAAGUUGGGAGGACGUCGACCUGGUGUCCGGCCGGCAGCUGCAGCCGGAGGAGCAGGAGGCCGAAACAGAAGACGACCCCUUGGUGACCGAAGGGCCCGUGGACGACAUCAUUCGGCCACGGCCACAGGGGUCCUCCCCUGUGUAUGAAUACGCGGCUGAGGGUACCAGCUUUGGACUCCCGGAGGACACACCAAGGCGGCGGGCUUCCUCAGGCUCCGGGGGACUGAGGUCCUGGUGGAAGCGAGAUUCAGGGGACUCACGGACAUUCUCCAGAAUGAGUCGACCACAGUCUGUGCAGGAGGCGACGGAGGUGACGCUGAUGACCGAGGUGGAAGCCGGAGCCAGCGGCUACAGCGUCACAGGGGGCGGGCACCAGGGCAUUUUUGUGAAGCAGGUGCUGAAGGACUCGUCAGCGGCCAAGCUCUUCAGCCUGAGAGAAGGGGACCAGCUGCUCAGUGCCACCGUGUUCUUCGACAACAUUAAGUAUGAAGACGCUCUCAAAAUCCUGCAGUACUCAGAGCCCUACAGGGUUCAGUUCCAAGUCAGACGGAAACGUCCCGCCCCAGACGACGAGGACGUGGCCGCUGGGGGCACUCAGCCUGGCCCGAAGGACAGGGAGAAGCAGGACAAAGAUGUGGCUGACGGCUCCACCGAGACCCCCCCUCAGACCCUAGAAGGAAGCGGAGACCAGGAGAGACUGCUCGCCAAGCCCAGGGAGGGCAGAGGCAGGCGAGCCCAGAAGGAGAGGCUGUCCUGGCCCAAGCUCCAAUCCAUAACAAGCAAGCGCAGGCCGGGACCGCGGAGGUCCCACAGCUCCUCCGAGGCCGACGGGCACGGGAACGCCCCAGACGUAUCCCCCACCAGCACAGACACGGAAGCCCCGCGCCCAGCGGAGGAGCGGGAGCCGAAGGCAGGACCGGACAGUCCGCGCAGGAAGAGGUUCCUGACCCUGAGAUUCAGGAUGGGCUCGGGGAAGGGCCCGACUCUGGAGGGGCGGCCCAGCGGAGGGGACCCCGGGGGAGCGCUCCAGACCGGGGUCGUAGAGGAGGCCGGGACCAGGGAGGACAGACAACAGGCCGCCGAGGCCACUGUGCUCAGCAGGAAAGAGGACUGGAUGGCAGAGGGACCGGAGGGGACACCGGAGCUGCCCAAGGAGCCUGGUGCCCCCGCCCUGGGAGCCCUGCGGGGAGGGGCCAGCAUGGUGUCCGGGGGCCGAAAACAAACAAAGGAGGCAAAGGAGCAGGAGGACGCUGUGGCCGAGGGGAGGCCUGGGCCGAGCUCACCUGCACACGGGGUGGACGGCCAGAGACAGGCGGCCCGGGGCACAGAAGUGGGGAUUGCUGGGUCCGCUGGGCCAGGCGAAGGAGACGCACGGGGCCUCCACGCAGAUAUCCACAUCCAAAUCCCCAACUUACAAACACCCAGGUUUACAGUUUCCAAAGAAAACAAACACGACCCAGAGGGAGGCCUAGCGCCGGGGCCGGAGGACAGGCGCAGAAGGACCCUGGAGGACAGGGAACACGUUGCUGAGCGGGCAGCGCCCAGGAAGCCCUCUGGGCACCGGCAACGGGGCGAGGUAGGAGGAGCAGACGGAGCAGAGGCAGGUCACAGGACAGGACACAUGACGGGCGGGGACAAGGACAAAGGAAGGAGGGAGAGCAGGAGGACGGUGCUCAAGUUCAACGUUAGCUCCUUCGCGUGGUCGCCCCGAAAGGAAGUGAGAGCCGCCUCGGAAGCACCAACGGAGGAGCUGCACCAGGAGAAAGGAGGCACCUUAACAGAGUGGACCCUGCAGACAGAGGACAAAGACACACUGAGAGAAAAACAAGAAGAAAAAAUACGCACCGAGGGGGGACAGCCAUCUGCAAGAGAGACACAAAGACAGAAGAAAGGGGAGGUGACACUGGGAGACAAGGAGGUGUCCGCCAGAGACAGCAAGUUCAAGAUGCCCAAGUUCAAGAUGCCGUCCUUCGGCGUGUCGGCGCCGAGCAAGGAUUUGGGAACCUCCGUGGACGUGACCGUGCCCAAGGUCGGAGGCGAGGCCACACUGCCGUCCCUGGGAGGGGAGGCGCGAGCCCCAGAGGGUGCCGUCCAGCUGCCCGCUGCUGACAUCCAGCUCCCUGGGGGAGAGCUGGAGGUGUCCGUCCCCGAGGCAGAGGUGGCUGUGUCCGGGCUGAAGGGCAAAGCGGAAGGGGUCAAGAUCAAGGGCCAGCUGCCCACAGUGCAGAUGCCCAGCCUCAAGAUGCCCAAGGUGGACAUCAAGGCCCCGCAGGUGGACGUCAAGGCCCCGCAGGUGGACAUCAAGGGGCCGAAACUGGACCUGAAGGCCGCCAAAGGGGAGGUGAGCGCCCCCGAUGUGAAGGUGUCCCUGCCCAGCGUGGAGGUGGACGCCCAGGUGCCCGGCGCCAGGCUGGACGCUGACCUGUCCCUGGGAGACAAGGAGGUGGCCGCCAGAGACAGCAAGUUCAAGAUGCCCAAGUUCAAGAUGCCGUCCUUCGGCGCCUCGGCGCCGAGCAAGUCCUUGGAGGCCUCCGUGGACGCGUCCCUGCCCAAGGUGCAGGCUGAGGUGUCCGUGCCCUCCGUACAGGCCGACGUCAAGGCCGGUGAGGUGACCGUGGAGCUGCCAUCCGCCGACCUGGAGGUCAAGACUGCCUCGUUGGGCCUGAAGCUCCCUGAGGGCCACGUGCCCGAGGGGGAGCUCCAGGAACCCUCGGCCGGGGCCGGACUCAAAGGGCACCUGCCCAAGGUGCAGAUGCCCAGCAUCAAAAUGCCCAAGGUGGACUUCAAGGCCCCCCAGGUGGACAUCAAGGCGCCGAAGCUGGACCUGAAGGCCGCCAAAGGGGAGGUGAGCGCCCCCGAUGUGGAGGUGUCCCUGCCCAGCGUGGAGGUGGACGCCCCGGCGCCCGGCGCCAGGCUGGACGCUGACCUGUCCCUGGGAGACAAGGAGGUGUCCGCCAGAGACAGCAAGUUCAAGAUGCCCAAGUUCAAGAUGCCGUCCUUCGGCGUGUCGGCGCCGAGCAAGGAUUUGGGAACCUCCGUGGACGUGACCGUGCCCAAGGUCGGAGGCGAGGCCACACUGCCGUCCCUGGGAGGGGAGGCGCGAGCCCCAGAGGGUGCCGUCCAGCUGCCCGCUGCUGACAUCCAGCUCCCUGGGGGAGAGCUGGAGGUGUCCGUCCCCGAGGCAGAGGUGGCUGUGUCCGGGCUGAAGGGCAAAGCGGAAGGGGUCAAGAUCAAGGGCCAGCUGCCCACAGUGCAGAUGCCCAGCCUCAAGAUGCCCAAGGUGGACAUCAAGGCCCCGCAGGUGGACGUCAAGGCCCCGCAGGUGGACAUCAAGGGGCCGAAACUGGACCUGAAGGCCGCCAAAGGGGAGGUGAGCGCCCCCGAUGUGAAGGUGUCCCUGCCCAGCGUGGAGGUGGACGCCCAGGUGCCCGGCGCCAGGCUGGACGCUGACCUGUCCCUGGGAGACAAGGAGGUGGCCGCCAGAGACAGCAAGUUCAAGAUGCCCAAGUUCAAGAUGCCGUCCUUCGGCGCGUCGGCGCCGAGCAAGUCCUUGGAGGCCUCCGUGGACGCGUCCCUGCCCAAGGUGCAGGCUGAGGUGUCCGUGCCCUCCGUACAGGCCGACGUCAAGGCCGGCGAGGUGACCGUGGAGCUGCCAUCCGCCGACCUGGAGGUCAAGACUGCCUCGUUGGGCCUGAAGCUCCCUGAGGGCCACGUGCCCGAGGGGGAGCUCCAGGAACCCUCGGCCGGGGCCGGACUCAAAGGGCACCUGCCCAAGGUGCAGAUGCCCAGCAUCAAAAUGCCCAAGGUGGACUUCAAGGCCCCCCAGGUGGACAUCAAGGCGCCGAAGCUGGACCUGAAGGCCGCCAAAGGGGAGGUGAGCGCCCCCGAUGUGGAGGUGUCCCUGCCCAGCGUGGAGGUGGACGCCCCGGCGCCCGGCGCCAGGCUGGACGCUGACCUGUCCCUGGGAGACAAGGAGGUGUCCGCCAGAGACAGCAAGUUCAAGAUGCCCAAGUUCAAGAUGCCGUCCUUCGGCGUGUCGGCGCCGAGCAAGGAUUUGGGAACCUCCGUGGACGUGACCGUGCCCAAGGUCGGAGGCGAGGCCACACUGCCGUCCCUGGGAGGGGAGGCGCGAGCCCCAGAGGGUGCCGUCCAGCUGCCCGCUGCUGACAUCCAGCUCCCUGGGGGAGAGCUGGAGGUGUCCGUCCCCGAGGCAGAGGUGGCUGUGUCCGGGCUGAAGGGCAAAGCGGAAGGGGUCAAGAUCAAGGGCCAGCUGCCCACAGUGCAGAUGCCCAGCCUCAAGAUGCCCAAGGUGGACAUCAAGGCCCCGCAGGUGGACGUCAAGGCCCCGCAGGUGGACAUCAAGGGGCCGAAACUGGACCUGAAGGCCGCCAAAGGGGAGGUGAGCGCCCCCGAUGUGAAGGUGUCCCUGCCCAGCGUGGAGGUGGACGCCCAGGUGCCCGGCGCCAGGCUGGACGCUGACCUGUCCCUGGGAGACAAGGAGGUGGCCGCCAGAGACAGCAAGUUCAAGAUGCCCAAGUUCAAGAUGCCGUCCUUCGGCGCCUCGGCGCCGAGCAAGUCCUUGGAGGCCUCCGUGGACGCGUCCCUGCCCAAGGUGCAGGCUGAGGUGUCCGUGCCCUCCGUACAGGCCGACGUCAAGGCCGGUGAGGUGACCGUGGAGCUGCCAUCCGCCGACCUGGAGGUCAAGACUGCCUCGUUGGGCCUGAAGCUCCCUGAGGGCCACGUGCCCGAGGGGGAGCUCCAGGAACCCUCGGCCGGGGCCGGACUCAAAGGGCACCUGCCCAAGGUGCAGAUGCCCAGCAUCAAAAUGCCCAAGGUGGACUUCAAGGCCCCCCAGGUGGACAUCAAGGCGCCGAAGCUGGACCUGAAGGCCGCCAAAGGGGAGGUGAGCGCCCCCGAUGUGGAGGUGUCCCUGCCCAGCGUGGAGGUGGACGCCCCGGCGCCCGGCGCCAGGCUGGACGCUGACCUGUCCCUGGGAGACAAGGAGGUGUCCGCCAGAGACAGCAAGUUCAAGAUGCCCAAGUUCAAGAUGCCGUCCUUCGGCGUGUCGGCGCCGAGCAAGGAUUUGGGAACCUCCGUGGACGUGACCGUGCCCAAGGUCGGAGGCGAGGCCACACUGCCGUCCCUGGGAGGGGAGGCGCGAGCCCCAGAGGGUGCCGUCCAGCUGCCCGCUGCUGACAUCCAGCUCCCUGGGGGAGAGCUGGAGGUGUCCGUCCCCGAGGCAGAGGUGGCUGUGUCCGGGCUGAAGGGCAAAGCGGAAGGGGUCAAGAUCAAGGGCCAGCUGCCCACAGUGCAGAUGCCCAGCCUCAAGAUGCCCAAGGUGGACAUCAAGGCCCCGCAGGUGGACGUCAAGGCCCCGCAGGUGGACAUCAAGGGGCCGAAACUGGACCUGAAGGCCGCCAAAGGGGAGGUGAGCGCCCCCGAUGUGAAGGUGUCCCUGCCCAGCGUGGAGGUGGACGCCCAGGUGCCCGGCGCCAGGCUGGACGCUGACCUGUCCCUGGGAGACAAGGAGGUGGCCGCCAGAGACAGCAAGUUCAAGAUGCCCAAGUUCAAGAUGCCGUCCUUCGGCGCGUCGGCGCCGAGCAAGUCCUUGGAGGCCUCCGUGGACGCGUCCCUGCCCAAGGUGCAGGCUGAGGUGUCCGUGCCCUCCGUACAGGCCGACGUCAAGGCCGGCGAGGUGACCGUGGAGCUGCCAUCCGCCGACCUGGAGGUCAAGACUGCCUCGUUGGGCCUGAAGCUCCCUGAGGGCCACGUGCCCGAGGGGGAGCUCCAGGAACCCUCGGCCGGGGCCGGACUCAAAGGGCACCUGCCCAAGGUGCAGAUGCCCAGCAUCAAAAUGCCCAAGGUGGACUUCAAGGCCCCCCAGGUGGACAUCAAGGCGCCGAAGCUGGACCUGAAGGCCGCCAAAGGGGAGGUGAGCGCCCCCGAUGUGGAGGUGUCCCUGCCCAGCGUGGAGGUGGACGCCCCGGCGCCCGGCGCCAGGCUGGACGCUGACCUGUCCCUGGGAGACAAGGAGGUGUCCGCCAGAGACAGCAAGUUCAAGAUGCCCAAGUUCAAGAUGCCGUCCUUCGGCGUGUCGGCGCCGAGCAAGGAUUUGGGAACCUCCGUGGACGUGACCGUGCCCAAGGUCGGAGGCGAGGCCACACUGCCGUCCCUGGGAGGGGAGGCGCGAGCCCCAGAGGGUGCCGUCCAGCUGCCCGCUGCUGACAUCCAGCUCCCUGGGGGAGAGCUGGAGGUGUCCGUCCCCGAGGCAGAGGUGGCUGUGUCCGGGCUGAAGGGCAAAGCGGAAGGGGUCAAGAUCAAGGGCCAGCUGCCCACAGUGCAGAUGCCCAGCCUCAAGAUGCCCAAGGUGGACAUCAAGGCCCCGCAGGUGGACGUCAAGGCCCCGCAGGUGGACAUCAAGGGGCCGAAACUGGACCUGAAGGCCGCCAAAGGGGAGGUGAGCGCCCCCGAUGUGAAGGUGUCCCUGCCCAGCGUGGAGGUGGACGCCCAGGUGCCCGGCGCCAGGCUGGACGCUGACCUGUCCCUGGGAGACAAGGAGGUGGCCGCCAGAGACAGCAAGUUCAAGAUGCCCAAGUUCAAGAUGCCGUCCUUCGGCGCAUCGGCGCCGAGCAAGUCCUUGGAGGCCUCCGUGGACGCGUCCCUGCCCAAGGUGCAGGCUGAGGUGUCCGUGCCCUCCGUACAGGCCGACGUCAAGGCCGGCGAGGUGACCGUUGAGCUGCCAUCCGCCGACCUGGAGGUCAAGACUGCCUCGUUGGGCCUGAAGCUCCCUGAGGGCCACGUGCCCGAGGGGGAGCUCCAGGAACCCUCGGCCGGGGCCGGACUCAAAGGGCACCUGCCCAAGGUGCAGAUGCCCAGCAUCAAAAUGCCCAAGGUGGACUUCAAGGCCCCCCAGGUGGACAUCAAGGCGCCGAAGCUGGACCUGAAGGCCGCCAAAGGGGAGGUGAGCGCCCCCGAUGUGGAGGUGUCCCUGCCCAGCGUGGAGGUGGACGCCCCGGCGCCCGGCGCCAGGCUGGACGCUGACCUGUCCCUGGGAGACAAGGAGGUGUCCGCCAGAGACAGCAAGUUCAAGAUGCCCAAGUUCAAGAUGCCGUCCUUCGGCGUGUCGGCGCCGAGCAAGGAUUUGGGAACCUCCGUGGACGUGACCGUGCCCAAGGUCGGAGGCGAGGCCACACUGCCGUCCCUGGGAGGGGAGGCGCGAGCCCCAGAGGGUGCCGUCCAGCUGCCCGCUGCUGACAUCCAGCUCCCUGGGGGAGAGCUGGAGGUGUCCGUCCCCGAGGCAGAGGUGGCUGUGUCCGGGCUGAAGGGCAAAGCGGAAGGGGUCAAGAUCAAGGGCCAGCUGCCCACAGUGCAGAUGCCCAGCCUCAAGAUGCCCAAGGUGGACAUCAAGGCCCCGCAGGUGGACGUCAAGGCCCCGCAGGUGGACAUCAAGGGGCCGAAACUGGACCUGAAGGCCGCCAAAGGGGAGGUGAGCGCCCCCGAUGUGAAGGUGUCCCUGCCCAGCGUGGAGGUGGACGCCCAGGUGCCCGGCGCCAGGCUGGACGCUGACCUGUCCCUGGGAGACAAGGAGGUGGCCGCCAGAGACAGCAAGUUCAAGAUGCCCAAGUUCAAGAUGCCGUCCUUCGGCGCGUCGGCGCCGAGCAAGUCCUUGGAGGCCUCCGUGGACGCGUCCCUGCCCAAGGUGCAGGCUGAGGUGUCCGUGCCCUCCGUACAGGCCGACGUCAAGGCCGGUGAGGUGACCGUGGAGCUGCCAUCCGCCGACCUGGAGGUCAAGACUGCCUCGUUGGGCCUGAAGCUCCCUGAGGGCCACGUGCCCGAGGGGGAGCUCCAGGAACCCUCGGCCGGGGCCGGACUCAAAGGGCACCUGCCCAAGGUGCAGAUGCCCAGCAUCAAAAUGCCCAAGGUGGACUUCAAGGCCCCCCAGGUGGACAUCAAGGCGCCGAAGCUGGACCUGAAGGCCGCCAAAGGGGAGGUGAGCGCCCCCGAUGUGGAGGUGUCCCUGCCCAGCGUGGAGGUGGACGCCCCGGCGCCCGGCGCCAGGCUGGACGCUGACCUGUCCCUGGGAGACAAGGAGGUGUCCGCCAGAGACAGCAAGUUCAAGAUGCCCAAGUUCAAGAUGCCGUCCUUCGGCGUGUCGGCGCCGAGCAAGGAUUUGGGAACCUCCGUGGACGUGACCGUGCCCAAGGUCGGAGGCGAGGCCACACUGCCGUCCCUGGGAGGGGAGGCGCGAGCCCCAGAGGGUGCCGUCCAGCUGCCCGCUGCUGACAUCCAGCUCCCUGGGGGAGAGCUGGAGGUGUCCGUCCCCGAGGCAGAGGUGGCUGUGUCCGGGCUGAAGGGCAAAGCGGAAGGGGUCAAGAUCAAGGGCCAGCUGCCCACAGUGCAGAUGCCCAGCCUCAAGAUGCCCAAGGUGGACAUCAAGGCCCCGCAGGUGGACGUCAAGGCCCCGCAGGUGGACAUCAAGGGGCCGAAACUGGACCUGAAGGCCGCCAAAGGGGAGGUGAGCGCCCCCGAUGUGAAGGUGUCCCUGCCCAGCGUGGAGGUGGACGCCCAGGUGCCCGGCGCCAGGCUGGACGCUGACCUGUCCCUGGGAGACAAGGAGGUGGCCGCCAGAGACAGCAAGUUCAAGAUGCCCAAGUUCAAGAUGCCGUCCUUCGGCGCGUCGGCGCCGAGCAAGUCCUUGGAGGCCUCCGUGGACGCGUCCCUGCCCAAGGUGCAGGCUGAGGUGUCCGUGCCCUCCGUACAGGCCGACGUCAAGGCCGGCGAGGUGACCGUUGAGCUGCCAUCCGCCGACCUGGAGGUCAAGACUGCCUCGUUGGGCCUGAAGCUCCCUGAGGGCCACGUGCCCGAGGGGGAGCUCCAGGAACCCUCGGCCGGGGCCGGACUCAAAGGGCACCUGCCCAAGGUGCAGAUGCCCAGCAUCAAAAUGCCCAAGGUGGACUUCAAGGCCCCCCAGGUGGACAUCAAGGCGCCGAAGCUGGACCUGAAGGCCGCCAAAGGGGAGGUGAGCGCCCCCGAUGUGGAGGUGUCCCUGCCCAGCGUGGAGGUGGACGCCCCGGCGCCCGGCGCCAGGCUGGACGCUGACCUGUCCCUGGGAGACAAGGAGGUGUCCGCCAGAGACAGCAAGUUCAAGAUGCCCAAGUUCAAGAUGCCGUCCUUCGGCGUGUCGGCGCCGAGCAAGGAUUUGGGAACCUCCGUGGACGUGACCGUGCCCAAGGUCGGAGGCGAGGCCACACUGCCGUCCCUGGGAGGGGAGGCGCGAGCCCCAGAGGGUGCCGUCCAGCUGCCCGCUGCUGACAUCCAGCUCCCUGGGGGAGAGCUGGAGGUGUCCGUCCCCGAGGCAGAGGUGGCUGUGUCCGGGCUGAAGGGCAAAGCGGAAGGGGUCAAGAUCAAGGGCCAGCUGCCCACAGUGCAGAUGCCCAGCCUCAAGAUGCCCAAGGUGGACAUCAAGGCCCCGCAGGUGGAUGUCAAGGCCCCGCAGGUGGACAUCAAGGGGCCGAAACUGGACCUGAAGGCCGCCAAAGGGGAGGUGAGCGCCCCCGAUGUGAAGGUGUCCCUGCCCAGCGUGGAGGUGGACGCCCAGGUGCCCGGCGCCAGGCUGGACGCUGACCUGUCCCUGGGAGACAAGGAGGUGGCCGCCAGAGACAGCAAGUUCAAGAUGCCCAAGUUCAAGAUGCCGUCCUUCGGCGCGUCGGCGCCGAGCAAGUCCUUGGAGGCCUCCGUGGACGCGUCCCUGCCCAAGGUGCAGGCUGAGGUGUCCGUGCCCUCCGUACAGGCCGACGUCAAGGCCGGCGAGGUGACCGUGGAGCUGCCAUCCGCCGACCUGGAGGUCAAGACUGCCUCGUUGGGCCUGAAGCUCCCUGAGGGCCACGUGCCCGAGGGGGAGCUCCAGGAACCCUCGGCCGGGGCCGGACUCAAAGGGCACCUGCCCAAGGUGCAGAUGCCCAGCAUCAAAAUGCCCAAGGUGGACUUCAAGGCCCCCCAGGUGGACAUCAAGGCGCCGAAGCUGGACCUGAAGGCCGCCAAAGGGGAGGUGAGCGCCCCCGAUGUGGAGGUGUCCCUGCCCAGCGUGGAGGUGGACGCCCCGGCGCCCGGCGCCAGGCUGGACGCUGACCUGUCCCUGGGAGACAAGGAGGUGUCCGCCAGAGACAGCAAGUUCAAGAUGCCCAAGUUCAAGAUGCCGUCCUUCGGCGUGUCGGCGCCGAGCAAGGAUUUGGGAACCUCCGUGGACGUGACCGUGCCCAAGGUCGGAGGCGAGGCCACACUGCCGUCCCUGGGAGGGGAGGCGCGAGCCCCAGAGGGUGCCGUCCAGCUGCCCGCUGCUGACAUCCAGCUCCCUGGGGGAGAGCUGGAGGUGUCCGUCCCCGAGGCAGAGGUGGCUGUGUCCGGGCUGAAGGGCAAAGCGGAAGGGGUCAAGAUCAAGGGCCAGCUGCCCACAGUGCAGAUGCCCAGCCUCAAGAUGCCCAAGGUGGACAUCAAGGCCCCGCAGGUGGACGUCAAGGCCCCGCAGGUGGACAUCAAGGGGCCGAAACUGGACCUGAAGGCCGCCAAAGGGGACGUGAGCGCCCCCGAUGUGAAGGUGUCCCUGCCCAGUGUGGAGGUGGACGCCCAGGUGCCCGGCGCCAGGCUGGACGCUGACCUGUCCCUGGGAGACAAGGAGGUGGCCGCCAGAGACAGCAAGUUCAAGAUGCCCAAGUUCAAGAUGCCGUCCUUCGGCGCGUCGGCGCCGAGCAAGUCCUUGGAGGCCUCCGUGGACGCGUCCCUGCCCAAGGUGCAGGCUGAGGUGUCCGUGCCCUCCGUACAGGCCGACGUCAAGGCCGGCGAGGUGACCGUUGAGCUGCCAUCCGCCGACCUGGAGGUCAAGACUGCCUCGUUGGGCCUGAAGCUCCCUGAGGGCCACGUGCCCGAGGGGGAGCUCCAGGAACCCUCGGCCGGGGCCGGACUCAAAGGGCACCUGCCCAAGGUGCAGAUGCCCAGCAUCAAAAUGCCCAAGGUGGACUUCAAGGCCCCCCAGGUGGACAUCAAGGCGCCGAAGCUGGACCUGAAGGCCGCCAAAGGGGAGGUGAGCGCCCCCGAUGUGGAGGUGUCCCUGCCCAGCGUGGAGGUGGACGCCCCGGCGCCCGUCGCCAGGCUGGACGCUGACCUGUCCCUGGGAGACAAGGAGGUGUCCGCCAGAGACAGCAAGUUCAAGAUGCCCAAGUUCAAGAUGCCGUCCUUCGGCGUGUCGGCGCCGAGCAAGGAUUUGGGAACCUCCGUGGACGUGACCGUGCCCAAGGUCGGAGGCGAGGCCACACUGCCGUCCCUGGGAGGGGAGGCGCGAGCCCCAGAGGGUGCCGUCCAGCUGCCCGCUGCUGACAUCCAGCUCCCUGGGGGAGAGCUGGAGGUGUCCGUCCCCGAGGCAGAGGUGGCUGUGUCCGGGCUGAAGGGCAAAGCGGAAGGGGUCAAGAUCAAGGGCCAGCUGCCCACAGUGCAGAUGCCCAGCCUCAAGAUGCCCAAGGUGGACAUCAAGGCCCCGCAGGUGGAUGUCAAGGCCCCGCAGGUGGACAUCAAGGGGCCGAAACUGGACCUGAAGGCCGCCAAAGGGGAGGUGAGCGCCCCCGAUGUGAAGGUGUCCCUGCCCAGCGUGGAGGUGGACGCCCAGGUGCCCGGCGCCAGGCUGGACGCUGACCUGUCCCUGGGAGACAAGGAGGUGGCCGCCAGAGACAGCAAGUUCAAGAUGCCCAAGUUCAAGAUGCCGUCCUUCGGCGCGUCGGCGCCGAGCAAGUCCUUGGAGGCCUCCGUGGACGCGUCCCUGCCCAAGGUGCAGGCUGAGGUGUCCGUGCCCUCCGUACAGGCCGACGUCAAGGCCGGCGAGGUGACCGUGGAGCUGCCAUCCGCCGACCUGGAGGUCAAGACUGCCUCGUUGGGCCUGAAGCUCCCUGAGGGCCACGUGCCCGAGGGGGAGCUCCAGGAACCCUCGGCCGGGGCCGGACUCAAAGGGCACCUGCCCAAGGUGCAGAUGCCCAGCAUCAAAAUGCCCAAGGUGGACUUCAAGGCCCCCCAGGUGGACAUCAAGGCGCCGAAGCUGGACCUGAAGGCCGCCAAAGGGGAGGUGAGCGCCCCCGAUGUGGAGGUGUCCCUGCCCAGCGUGGAGGUGGACGCCCCGGCGCCCGGCGCCAGGCUGGACGCUGACCUGUCCCUGGGAGACAAGGAGGUGUCCGCCAGAGACAGCAAGUUCAAGAUGCCCAAGUUCAAGAUGCCGUCCUUCGGCGUGUCGGCGCCGAGCAAGGAUUUGGGAACCUCCGUGGACGUGACCGUGCCCAAGGUCGGAGGCGAGGCCACACUGCCGUCCCUGGGAGGGGAGGCGCGAGCCCCAGAGGGUGCCGUCCAGCUGCCCGCUGCUGACAUCCAGCUCCCUGGGGGAGAGCUGGAGGUGUCCGUCCCCGAGGCAGAGGUGGCUGUGUCCGGGCUGAAGGGCAAAGCGGAAGGGGUCAAGAUCAAGGGCCAGCUGCCCACAGUGCAGAUGCCCAGCCUCAAGAUGCCCAAGGUGGACAUCAAGGCCCCGCAGGUGGACGUCAAGGCCCCGCAGGUGGACAUCAAGGGGCCGAAACUGGACCUGAAGGCCGCCAAAGGGGAGGUGAGCGCCCCCGAUGUGAAGGUGUCCCUGCCCAGCGUGGAGGUGGACGCCCAGGUGCCCGGCGCCAGGCUGGACGCUGACCUGUCCCUGGGAGACAAGGAGGUGGCCGCCAGAGACAGCAAGUUCAAGAUGCCCAAGUUCAAGAUGCCGUCCUUCGGCGCGUCGGCGCCGAGCAAGUCCUUGGAGGCCUCCGUGGACGCGUCCCUGCCCAAGGUGCAGGCUGAGGUGUCCGUGCCCUCCGUACAGGCCGACGUCAAGGCCGGUGAGGUGACCGUGGAGCUGCCAUCCGCCGACCUGGAGGUCAAGACUGCCUCGUUGGGCCUGAAGCUCCCUGAGGGCCACGUGCCCGAGGGGGAGCUCCAGGAACCCUCGGCCGGGGCCGGACUCAAAGGGCACCUGCCCAAGGUGCAGAUGCCCAGCAUCAAAAUGCCCAAGGUGGACUUCAAGGCCCCCCAGGUGGACAUCAAGGCGCCGAAGCUGGACCUGAAGGCCGCCAAAGGGGAGGUGAGCGCCCCCGAUGUGGAGGUGUCCCUGCCCAGCGUGGAGGUGGACGCCCCGGCGCCCGGCGCCAGGCUGGACGCUGACCUGUCCCUGGGAGACAAGGAGGUGUCCGCCAGAGACAGCAAGUUCAAGAUGCCCAAGUUCAAGAUGCCGUCCUUCGGCGUGUCGGCGCCGAGCAAGGAUUUGGGAACCUCCGUGGACGUGACCGUGCCCAAGGUCGGAGGCGAGGCCACACUGCCGUCCCUGGGAGGGGAGGCGCGAGCCCCAGAGGGUGCCGUCCAGCUGCCCGCUGCUGACAUCCAGCUCCCUGGGGGAGAGCUGGAGGUGUCCGUCCCCGAGGCAGAGGUGGCUGUGUCCGGGCUGAAGGGCAAAGCGGAAGGGGUCAAGAUCAAGGGCCAGCUGCCCACAGUGCAGAUGCCCAGCCUCAAGAUGCCCAAGGUGGACAUCAAGGCCCCGCAGGUGGACGUCAAGGCCCCGCAGGUGGACAUCAAGGGGCCGAAACUGGACCUGAAGGCCGCCAAAGGGGAGGUGAGCGCCCCCGAUGUGAAGGUGUCCCUGCCCAGCGUGGAGGUGGACGCCCAGGUGCCCGGCGCCAGGCUGGACACUGACCUGUCCCUGGGAGACAAGGAGGUGGCCGCCAGAGACAGCAAGUUCAAGAUGCCCAAGUUCAAGAUGCCGUCCUUCGGCGCGUCGGCGCCGAGCAAGUCCUUGGAGGCCUCCGUGGACGCGUCCCUGCCCAAGGUGCAGGCUGAGGUGUCCGUGCCCUCCGUACAGGCCGACGUCAAGGCCGGUGAGGUGACCGUUGAGCUGCCAUCCGCUGACCUGGAGGUCAAGACUGCCUCGUUGGGCCUGAAGCUCCCUGAGGGCCACGUGCCCGAGGGGGAGCUCCAGGAACCCUCGGCCGGGGCCGGACUCAAAGGGCACCUGCCCAAGGUGCAGAUGCCCAGCAUCAAAAUGCCCAAGGUGGACUUCAAGGCCCCCCAGGUGGACAUCAAGGCGCCGAAGCUGGACCUGAAGGCCGCCAAAGGGGAGGUGAGCGCCCCCGAUGUGGAGGUGUCCCUGCCCAGCGUGGAGGUGGACGCCCCGGCGCCCGUCGCCAGGCUGGACGCUGACCUGUCCCUGGGAGACAAGGAGGUGUCCGCCAGAGACAGCAAGUUCAAGAUGCCCAAGUUCAAGAUGCCGUCCUUCGGCGCGUCGGCGCCGAGCAAGUCCUUGGAGGCCUCCGUGGACGCGUCCCUGCCCACGGUGCAGGCUGAGGUGUCCGUGCCCUCCGUACAGGCCGACGUCAAGGCCGGUGAAGUGACCGUUGAGCUGCCAUCCGCCGACCUGGAGGUCAAGACUGCCUCGUUGGGCCUGAAGCUCCCUGAGGGCCACGUGCCCGAGGGGGAGCUCCAGGAACCCUCGGCCGGGGCCGGACUCAAAGGGCACCUGCCCAAGGUGCAGAUGCCCAGCAUCAAAAUGCCCAAGGUGGACUUCAAGGCCCCCCAGGUGGACAUCAAGGCGCCGAAGCUGGACCUGAAGGCCGCCAAAGGGGAGGUGAGCGCCCCCGAUGUGGAGGUGUCCCUGCCCAGCGUGGAGGUGGACGCCCCGGCGCCCGGCGCCAGGCUGGACGCUGACCUGUCCCUGGGAGACAAGGAGGUGUCCGCCAGAGACAGCAAGUUCAAGAUGCCCAAGUUCAAGAUGCCGUCCUUCGGCGUGUCGGCGCCGAGCAAGGAUUUGGGAACCUCCGUGGACGUGACCGUGCCCAAGGUCGGAGGCGAGGCCACACUGCCGUCUUUGGGAGGGGAGGCGCGAGCCCCAGAGGGUGCCGUCCAGCUGCCCGCUGCUGACAUCCAGCUCCCUGGGGGAGAGCUGGAGGUGUCCGUCCCCGAGGCAGAGGUGGCUGUGUCCGGGCUGAAGGGCAAAGCGGAAGGGGUCAAGAUCAAGGGCCAGCUGCCCACAGUGCAGAUGCCCAGCCUCAAGAUGCCCAAGGUGGACAUCAAGGCCCCGCAGGUGGACGUCAAGGCCCCGCAGGUGGACAUCAAGGGGCCGAAACUGGACCUGAAGGCCGCCAAAGGGGAGGUGAGCGCCCCCGAUGUGAAGGUGUCCCUGCCCAGCGUGGAGGUGGACGCCCAGGUGCCCGGCGCCAGGCUGGACGCUGACCUGUCCCUGGGAGACAAGGAGGUGGCCGCCAGAGACAGCAAGUUCAAGAUGCCCAAGGUCAAGAUACCGUUUUUCAGUUCGUCGGUGCGGAGGAAGUCCUCGGAGGCUGCCGUGGAUAUGUCCCUGCCUAUGCUCAGAGGUGAACCGUCCCUGCUCUUCCUGGAGGAGGAGUCACGUUUUGUGUCCCAUGCUCUCCACGUGCCCACUGUGGAUAUUGGCCAUCCUGCAGGAGAGCUGGAGCUGUUCGUCCCCGAAGCGGAGAUCACUGUGUCCACAACGUCUCAAAAAGCCGAAGCAGUGACCACCAUGGGCCCGCCUCUUGAGACGGGAAUGCACUCGGUCAUGAUUCCUGUUGUGGACGUCAAGGCCCCGCAGGUGGACAUCAAGUCACCGCAACUGGACAUCAAGGGCUCUAAAGAGUUCGUGAGUGCCCCUGAGAGUGACAUGUCUGUGUCUGGUGUGGACGUGGACGCCCAGGUCCACGGCUCACAGUUGGCCGGAGGUAUUAUCUCUGGGGAUGGGAAAGAUUUUUCCGCAGGGAAGACAUUCAAGAUUUCUAAAAUCAGCAUUUCCCCCUCCGUCCCGUCCCCCAGCAAGCCUUCCGGGGGAGCUGAAGACACCGCUCCUUCCUCCUCCUCCGGCCUCGGACUUCCAGUGGUCUCUGGCAGCGGGCAGCAUCUCCAUACAGACGGUGAUGUGCUUUUGUCAGUUGGAAAAGGUGGAGAAAGAAGCAAAAGCAAAAAACCCUAUUUUAAAUUGCCCAAAGUCUUCUCUCCUCCAGGGAAAACAGGUAAAGGCUUUGCAGUGUCUGCAGAGGAGCACGAAGUCCCAUCACCUGGGAGUGUCUCUGCCCAGGGGCCGCCUGUGGCUUCCGUGGAGGCUUCCCUGCCGAUGUCCAUGCUGGGUCGGCUCAGGGGUCCCCCUGUGGAACCCUCCAGCCUCGGCCCCUGCGAGGACGUCACUCUUACAAAAUUCCAGGUGACUGUCCCCAGAGGCCCUGUGCCCCCUGAGCUGCCUUGUGAAGCCCCUUCUGGGUCCCAGAUCGAUCCUCAGCUUCCGAGCUCAGCAGGGGCGGGCGACCCCAGCUCCACUGAGCACGUUCUACUGUCCCAGCCUGACGGGUCCCCGGGGCCCAUGGGCACUGUUCUUCCUGACUCUUACGGCCGGGUGACUUUUCCUAAAUUUCAUCGACCCAAAUUCUGCCUGUCACUCUCAACCUCAGGGUCCGGAGUGCCGGCGCCCGGAGACCACGAGUGCGCGUCCCCUACGUCUGCCCAGCUCGCUGCGCAGGGGCUGGACUCCUCCACGGAGGAAGCCGUGGCCCGCCCAGUGCCAGGCCCCCCGGGGCCACCUGUGGGGAUGUCUGUGUCUGAGGGGGCAGAGGGACGCGCAGGCACGGCAGGGACGGCAGCUCCAGGCAGAGGUGUCGCACGCAAGGGGCAAGGCAGUCCGGGGAGCUCACCGAGGCUUCCCUCGCUCAGCUGGUCCCCGAGGAAGGGGGCAGAGACCAAAGCAGACCCUGGCCACAGCCCGGGGGAUGCCGGCGCCCUGGGCGGCCGGCCAGGGGGUCGCGUUCCAGCUGCAGAGGCUGCUGCACACGUGACCCUCGGGAAGGAGGGAGAGGCGGGAGCGGUCAGCGCGGCUGCCCUUGCCCUGCUGAAGGUUGCGCCUCCCGGAAUGAAGGCUUCCCCAGGAGGGCCUGGCCUGCCUCAGGGAGACCCGGGUCUGGCCCGCAGUGAGGGUGGUGUUGGGGGUGUUGGCGCAGCCAUGGGCCUGCCUGAAGUGGCCGAUGUGAGCCUCCACCUCUCGGAGACCCCCAUUCCCAGCUUGGACUUUGUCCAGCCUGACCUCAGCCCCGGCGAAGCUGCGGCACAGGGGGGCCUGGCCGCAGGCCCCCUCCCUCUUUCCAAACAUGGCCUGUCUCCCCGAGACAGCGCCCAAGGCCUUGGGCUUGCGGCCGGCUCAGCAAGCCUGCUGUGUGGGGAGGGGACGGCCGCCUUGGCAGAGGAGCCCCUCCCGCCGUCCCUGAUGGUGGGGCGCUCAGAGCAGGGAGCAGCACCGGGGGGCCCCAGGGUGAGCUGGUUUAGGAUGCCCUCACUCGGCCUGCCCAGCCUCCGACGCGCCCCCAAGGAGUGGGCGGAGUCUGCAGGUGCGCCAGGGGAGGGCGAGGCAGUGGUCCCCGCACCUGCCACAGAGGUGGGCACGGCUAAGUCCCUGCAGCCCCGGGAGCCUGGUGCGGACAGGGCAGCCGCGGGCAGCCCGGCUUCUUCCUACGCAGAUGUCCUGCGGAGGAACCUUGACCCGCGCAUGCCUGCAGGGCCGUCUGCUCCCGAGGUCAGGGUCCGGCCGGGCGCAGGCUCCCUGCCCCUCCAGCUGCACGGACCACCUCCAGCAGAAGCAGGAGAGGCCCCUCUUCCUGCACCAGGGGGUCAGGGCCUGGUCGGGGGGCCCGAGGGGAACGAGGGGCCGCCUUCCCAGCCCGAGGGCCCUCUCAGACUGCGGGCUUGCAGCACGCACUUGCCGUCGCAGGUUUCCGUGGUCAGUGUGGGUCGGGUCUGGGAAGACUCUGUGCUGCGCGUCCAGAUCCCCAAGUUAAAGGUCCCGAAGUUCAGCUUCCAGGCCCCCAGCUCGGAGGCCGUUGUUUUCGUGCCCAGUGUGAGAGAGCUGUCCUGCCCGCAGAGAGCUCCCGACGCGGCCCUGCUCACAUGCAGUGCUGGAGGGCGGGGCACCCGCACCCCGGAGGCCCCCCCGGCCCUCAGCCCCCCCUCAGAAAGUGCCCCCGUUUGUAAGGUCAGGGUGCACAUCCAGGGCGUGGAGGCGGCCAGCCGCCAGGUGGCCGUGCACAGCAUGGUGACCACUGUGUGCACUGAGCUCUCGGGGCCCGAGGUCUCUCCUACCCAGAUCGUGCGGGAGUCAGAGGUCCCCAUGUCAGAGACCCAAACGCUUUCUUACGGGUUUUCCUUGCUAAAGGGGAGGGUCCCAGAGCCCCCAACACGGGCACGAGUGCACGUGGCGCCUGCAGACCGUGGGCCAGCGGGACACCGAGAGGCUCAGGAACUGGUGGUCCCAGGACCGGACCCCACUUCUGGAGACCUCCAGCCUGACACCGGGGAGCCUUUCGAAAUCAUCGGUCCCAGCGUAGACGAGCCGGGACCGGCAGCGGGCCCGUCCGACCUGCGCUCCGGCCGCGGGCGCACAGACAGCUGCUCCGACGAUGAGCCGGCGGAGAUACUCGAGCUCCUGCCGGAAGAGGACCAGGAGACAGAGGAGGCCGGGGCCCGGGCUGCAGACGACCAGGCUCCCAAAGCAAGACCGGAAGGCAAAAGGUCCUCUGGUCUGUUCAGGUUUUGGCUCCCGAGCAUCGGCUUUUCCUCCUCGGUCUCCGAGACCAGUGCCGAUUCCCCAGCCGGUGCCCAGAGACCGGCUCCUGUGCAGACCCAGCCCGAGGCGCGGCUGCCUCCCUCGCAGGAGAAGGGGGGCUGGUUCCGAUUUCCCAAGCUGGGCUUCUCCUCCUCCCCUACCAAGAAAGGCAAAAGUGCAGAAGAGGAGGCCAGCCCAGCCGAGGAAAACCUCCAGGACGAGGCAGGCACCUUCUACGAUGCGCGAGAAAGCCUCUCCCCGGAAGAGCCAGGAGCCGGGGAGCCGGCAGAGGCGGUGGGCGCCGGCGCGGCUCCAGUUCCACGGUGACCUCCGCGGCAAGAACCGAGCGGGUCCUGCUGCAGCGGGACGCAGCCGCCAGCCGGCAGUCCGCGCCCGGCCCGCCAUGGCAUGAGGACUGGGAAGGGGAGACUGUUCCACGCCCACACCGAGCUCCAGAACCCCCUCCCACCCGACCGCGCGGGCACCCACCGCUCUCCUGGCGCUGAGGCGCGCAACACACAGCCGGCCCCGACGCGCGGCCGAGCUGCAGAAGCGGGGAGGCAGCCCGAUGGCCCAGGCGCCAGGCGCCGUCCAGGGUGGGGGUGCUGCGCCGGCGGCUGGGGUGAGGCCUCCCUGAGCCGCGCCUCCAGGGAGCCACAGGCAGUGCCCAGCGGGUCCCAGCCGCGCUCUCGGGGAAGGGGGUGGUUAACCACCGUGGGUGUAGAUGUAGUGUUUGCCGUGGCCCCUGUCUUCUCCUGCUGCUUCGGGCAACGUGGUUUCCCUCGACUCCAGGCAGUCGGGUGCGUUCCAGGAGCCCCCUGCCUGCUUCGCUGUAAGGAGCUCGUGUGUGGGACAUCCUCCCCCGGGCAAGCCUGGGUGCUUGGUGUAGAUGCGGCCCACGCGGCUGGACAUGGCGGUCGAGGGGGGAGCCGGUGGAGGUCUGCAGUGUCCCGCCCGCACAGCCCUCACUGUACACGCUGCAGCCAGGACGCCAUUGGAACCCCCCCUCCCCGCAAAGGACAAUAAAGAGCAAGACCCACCCCAGCACCGGCUGCGGCUGCGAGGU